UAUGCAUCAUUCAUGCAUCUAUAUGUGGUAUAUAUUGCUUCACACCCACCUCCUAUAUAUACCACUAAAAUUCUAAUAUUAGGAAUUUGCAUAAAAAAAAUUCUAAUUGGAAUUUAAUUAUAUUGACCAAACUUUAACAUUUCAAUUGAGAUCAAUGGCAACACUUAGAUUGUUGCGACAUUCUACUGCGCCAUUUGAUCAUUUUUCUUCUCCUUUCUCUUCUAUUUCUUUUUUAUUUCCAAAAUGUGUAAGAUGUCAAAGAAGGGUCUGGUUGAGAAAAGAUAGUAUGAUAGUUUCAAGUGAGAAAAAAGAAAGGAAAUCGGUGGUGGCCGUGAAGGCAUCAAUGACUACUACCAACCACUUAACCAUAUCACAACCAGUGCUUCAUAAAGAAUUAUUGUCAAAAUUAUUAGCUGCAACCAUAGCAUGUAUUCGAAAUUCUAUGCUGGUUGUUCUUUUGCGGGAUGUUGUCAUCAAAAGGAAGCCAUGGACUUUACAACCUCAAAUGCUCAUUGAAAGGACCAUCAUGGAUUGUAGAUUUUUCACAUUGUUCGCCGUAGCUGGAUCCUUACUUGGCUCUGUAUUGUGUUUUUUAGAGGGUUGUGUUCUCGUUAUUGAGUCAUACGUGCAUUAUUUCCAUAUGUUGUCUCAAAAGUUGGAUCAGGGACAUUUGGUUCAUCUACUUAUCGAAGCCAUAGAUAUGUUCUUGGUAGGAACAGCCUUACUCAUGUUUGGGGUGGGUUUGUACGUCAUGUUUGUGGGCUCAUCAUCGGCUACUAGUAAAGAAAAACAACCUCGGCGUUUUGGUAAUCACUUUUAUAUAAUGAAGUUGGCACCAAGAUGGGCGGGGAUGCAAUCAAUUGAGCAAGCAAAGUCAAAAAUUGGGCAUGCGGUGACUAUGAUUCUUCAAGUGGGACUAAUAGAAAAGUUCAAUGAUAUUCCUAUGGUUACAGGCCUUGAUCUUGCUUGUUUUGCUGCAGCUCUAGUCACUUCCUCAGCUACCAUUUUUGUCCUCUCUAGGCUUAAUCAACAUUAAAAUCAGCAUGGCAUUAAUUAAUACUCCAAAUUCAUAUAUAGUUUUGUGACAAUCGUAGUUAGACUAGUUGGUAAUAAUUCAACUCACGUCUUACCAAAAUUUGAAUUUAUUUAAAUGAUGGGAACUCAAUUCAUUUAUUAUAUCUGUAUAAUUUUUUGUAUUA